GGUAGCCAAGACGAUGGCUGGCAGCUCGAUCCGGACAAGCUCGAGCUCACGGCGGACGCCAACGCGGUCGAUGCGGCAACGCCAGUCGAUGUCGCUCACGCAUCUCACGGAACGCUACACGAUGCGCGAAGCCCAUGACGACGACGACGACGACGACGUGGUCGAGCGCGUCACCGAACCUGGACGCGACGAGAUAAAAAAGAACCCGACGUUGCGGACGUACCGAGGGUGCGCGCGGUGGAAGGCGCGGAUUCGGCGCUUCAUGGACGAGCCAACGAGCAGCGUUCGUGCGCAGAUCUACAGCUACGUUAUGAUCCUUAACAUCAUGGGCAACUUCAUGCCGUGGAUGAUCGAGACGCUCGACGGACCCAACCACACACCGGGCGACCCUGGCACGUGCAUCGACUGCGGCUACCCGUGGCUCUUUACGGCGCGAACGUACUUUUACUGGAACUUGGUCUACACCGUCGUCUUCAGCGUCGAGUUUCUCGCGCGCUGGGCCGCGUGCAAAAGCCAACGCCACUACUGGCGGCGCGCGCGAACGAUUCUCGACGUCCUCGCACUUGUGCCGAGCUACCUCCUCAUCUACAACAAGUACACGGAUACGCCCGAGUCCGCGUACCAGCCGUACUUUAAUAUGCUGCGCAUGGGCCGCAACGCGCGCAUUGCCCACAUGCUUCGCGACGUGCCUGGGAUCCGCAUUUUGGCCAUUACGAUCAAGCAGUGCAAGGCGCCGUUGCAAGUCACGGGCUAUUUCCUUGUGACGGUCAUCAUGUUGUUUGCCACUGCCUUGUACUAUGCGCAGCCGUGCUACGAUGUCGAGACGUGUGAAUUCACCGACGUUUUCAACGCCGCGUACUUUAUGAUGGUCACUGUCGCGACGGUCGGGUACGGCGACCAAACGGUUGAUGUCGACAACGUCGUCGCGCUCCUCAUCGACUGCAACGCCAUGAUCUUUGGCGCGCUGUACCUUGCGAUGCCCUUUGCGAUCAUUGGCGUGCGCUACCAAGUCGCGUGGCACCGCCACGAGGUCCGCGCGCGGCGACGGCUCAAGCACCAAGACUCGAAUCUUACUGUGAGCAUCCGGCCGAUCCCAAGCGUGACGCUGAACACGUACGCGCACAAGGCGACGCGUCAUUAUCUGGACCUGUGCACCGAGGUCGCCUUCUUUAGCCACCAAAUCGACUCACUCCUUCGCUUUGUACCUCACGAUGUCAUUCAUGGUGUGGACCGGAAAGAACACCACGAGCUGCUCGUCCAGAUGGUGGCCCACGCCAAAGCUGUCAUGGUGCUCUUCCAUCACAACCUUCAAGACAUCAAAGCGUUUGAGCCGAAACCACCGAUAGCAGUGAAUACCAAGCCCCUCGGCCGCAAGUCCAUAGCUCCAACGGCGCUCCUGCAGAGCGUUUUGCAGCUCAACAUUGUGACGCAAAAGAAGCACGAACUCGUACUUGGGACGUGGCGCUACACGCUCGCGCAGUGGCUCAAGCACCCCGACGAUUCCCGCGCGGGCCGGUACUUGCACCAGUGUUUCUUCCUCUUUGCUCUCGCCAGUGUUCUCUUGUUUUACGCCGAGACAACGCCCGAGCUGCAGAGCUACGGGCCACUGUCGCCGCUCUGCCAACGAGCGUUUGCGACGUACUGCGCGCAGUCCGAGAACCCAUGGACCGACCCGGGCUGCUACGUGCACGAUGCCAGCGGCGGCUUACGGUCGCCGUUGACAAUGCUCAACUUUUACUGCGACACGCCAUCCGCCGCCGACUCGUGCUUUGGGUACGGAGCCAACUAUGGCCGCAACAGCUCGGGGUGCAGCACCUUGUUUCGAGAUGUCAAGCGGCUCUGUAAUCUCCGGCAGUGCCAGUCGGGGCACACGCCCGUGCUCGACAUGACGCCGCACUGGAUCUACUUGGAGUGGCUUUUUGGCAUCGUCUUCUCGAUCGAGCUCGCCUUGCGGUAUGUCGUCGCCGAGGACAAGCGCGCGUAUCUCAUCGCUGGCGACACGGCCAUCGACGUGCUCUCCGUGGUGCCAUUCUACGCCGAAGCACUCCAAGGAUUCGUUGCGGGUCAUGAUCCAAUCUACGCCGUUGUGCCGACCUUUCCGACCGCUGCGUCCAUUUUGCCCAUUUGCAAGACGCUGCGCGUGCUCAAACUCACGCGGCAUUUUCGGGCCACGACGGUCCUCGCACAAACCGCGAUUCUCUGCUGGCGCCGCCUUUUGAUUCCCCUCUUCUUCCUCUUCCUCUCGUGCGUUGCGACGGCAGCGCUAUUUUACGAGAUCGAGCGCGGCACACAGUGCUUUGUCGGCCUUCCGUGCAUGUGGUGGGGCCAACAGCUCUGGACAAAAGAGCUCGAAAACGGGCUGCCGCAUCUCAAGCGCGCGCAGAUCCAAGUCAGCAAGUACACGAUCAUUACGGACAUGCUCCGGUCCACAUACUACUCGAUUGUCACCUUUACAGCGGUCGGGUACGGCGACCUGAAGGUCCGCACUCCGUUUGGCAAGUUUCUCGACAUUUUGGUCAUGCUCUUUGGCUCGUGUUACACGGCGAUGCCGCUCUCCCUUGUCGGCGGUCAAUUCUACGCGUGCUACGAGCUCUACUUGCUCGAGCAGACGGGCGAGGACACGACCAAUGGCGAGGCCGGGCCGCGCGAAGACCACAUCCCCAAGCACCUCGUUUUGUCGCCAACCGAAGUCGAGACGCUCCGCAACUGCAACGUGCUCGUGAUCCUCCUCGAUGAAAUGAUCCACAACAUCCACCGGCUCAACGACCUCACGCCGCACGCGAGCUUCCUCGAGGUCGUUCCUAUCGAGCGCACGGGCCAUCGAAGCAGCACCCAAGGCACGCGCAAGAGCAUGAACGAGUCGAUCGAGCUCGUGCGCCGACGCGCGUCCGUGAGUCAGCAGAUUGCGCGGGUCUUGCCAGGUCGGCGGUCCGUCACGGAUGUGUACGCGCCGACCGAGCUCGAGCGCACCCACGAGUACGUCCGAGUCCGCGGGCACCUUCGAGACGCCUCGCACCUCUUGACGACGAUCUUCUUUCAAUUUACAAGUCUCGUCGAGAAAAUCGCCGAAGCGACGCAUAGCGAGUCGUACACGGAGUUUUAGCCGCCAAAAUCAAGUCGUCAUUCGUGAUCGCGAGCCACUCAGCGGCAUGCCAUCCGAACCGGUUGGUGGCUGCACCCCUAAAGCCACGAACGCUCUAGCUCGGCAAUGACGUUGGCAACGUACCAGAAUUCGGCGACAGCUCAAACGCAACAUGAUCAAUACUCGAACGAACAGCGCUUGAUUACGAGCUUUAAAGGUGAAGAGAAAUGCCGUCGACAAUCACA